GUUUUUAGCUUUCGAUCAGGUCCGCUCUGGGUUAUAAAUAAAAAUGCCGUAACGUGUUGCAUUAUUUACAAAGGAGUGCGUGAUCGGAAAAAAUGUCUGGCCGUGGAAAAGGAGGCAAAGGACUGGGUAAAGGAGGUGCCAAACGUCACCGUAAAGUUCUAAGAGAUAACAUCCAGGGAAUUACAAAACCCGCCAUUCGUCGAUUGGCGCGUCGUGGAGGAGUCAAGCGUAUAUCCGGUUUGAUUUACGAAGAGACUCGCGGAGUAUUAAAGGUUUUUCUGGAAAAUGUCAUCAGGGACGCUGUCACUUACACCGAACACGCUAAGAGAAAGACCGUCACUGCUAUGGACGUGGUGUACGCUUUGAAACGUCAGGGAAGGACACUGUACGGUUUUGGCGGCUAAAACGCCCCGCUUUGCUUUAAAAGAAGAAAGGCCCUUUUCAGGGCCAAAAAUUUUUGAUAGGGAGUAGUCGAUUGUAUUCAAUUUCCAUCACGAUUGGUUUUAAUAUUGAGUGUUUACACAUUUUACAAAUGUUAAUUGUGGGAGGUAUUCGACUCAAUCAAUUACAUGGUGUUUAAUAGGGAAUUUGAACUUUUGAAUAAAAAUUGUCAAAUAUUUAAGUGUUAAUCUGGAAUUUUAAGAUGUAUUUUAAAGUCUGACGACUUGUUUAAUGAUUUCUUUGUACUUCUAAUUAAAAAAUGCUCUAUCUAGUACUUAACAUUCACUAUUUGCAUCAAUUAAUUAAGGCUUGUGCAAGUGUCGAAACUUAAUUGUAUUAAUUGUAAUUUGAAGUCAAAAUCUAAACGUUUUGUCAAACAUGUUUAAAUGCUGUUAAUUUAAAUAUUUUCACCUAAAACGUCAAUUCUGAAAUAAAAAUGAUAAUCUUAAAAUUAAAAUUUUUGUAUUUACAUUUAUUAGGUUUCUACAUCAAGAACAAUAAAUGUAUAAGUUUGAUGCUUUUGUUUAUUUUAAAAUUGGUAA